GGAAUGGCCGGAAAUGGAAAAGGCUGAAAAAUUAGCACGAGGCACUGCCUUAAAAUGGGCAUCGGGGAUAUUUUACCGACCAGAGCAACUGGAGGGCCUGGGCCUUUAUCGGAUCCGGGAGCUACAGCGCAACAGCUCCAUCCAAUCCCGCAUAAAGUCGACGGUGCAGUCUUACCUGGAGGGAAUGAACACGGGCUUGGGGCAGCUCCAUUCAGCCUUGGCAGAGGUUCAUCACAUGCAGCAAGCGCUGAAAAGCGUGCAGCAGGAAUUGGCUUCCAGCACAGACUCCUUUCAGAAGCUGCAGCCGCUACGGGAAGUGGCGCUGGAACAUGCCCAGCUAGGUUCGGUCGUCCGUACCCUGCCACGGCUUUUCUCAGUUCAUGAACUCCUUUCUGAGAGCUUCAACCUCUUGCAACAUCGGCAUCUGCUGGAAGCCCACGGGAGGCUCAUGGAGCUGGAGAGUUUGCGGGACAGCAUCCUGUCCCAACUGCACGACCACAACCUGCUCAGCCCUUCGUACCUGGCCAGCGUAGAGUCCUACUUUGGGGGCCUCCAGAAACUGAACGAGGCCUUGGCCCAGCAUCUGUGGAACAUAGUGGCCCAUGGGAUGCAACUGAUGUUCGAGGACCCGUCCCUCUUUGUUUCUGCCAUGCGCAUUAUUGAGCGAGAGGAGGGCAUCGAUGCCGCCCUGCUGCGGAGAUCCCAGGCCCCCGGUUUCCUCCCUCCAGGACGCCCAAAGGGCUGGCGUCAGAAGUUCUUCCAGGUGAUCCGGGACACCGUAGUGGCCACCCACUUCCAGACCAUACCCAGCGAGGCCCAGGGCCGGUCCAUCCCCAAACACUUGUCUUCCUUGCAAAGCACCAUCCUGGCCGAACUGUGCAUUGUAAAAGACCUCAUGGCCCAAUGUUGCCCGCCCCACUACAACAUCAUCUCGACCUUGACUGACAUGUAUCACCAAGGUCUCACCCACCACCUCCAUCAAAUCCUGGCUCAGGACCUGGACAAGCAGGAGAUCUUUGCUGUCCUCCAGUGGGUGCUCCAUGUCUACCCGAGUGCAGAAAUGAUGGCACACCCAAGCCUUCUCCCCGAAGUAGACAUUUCAUCCCUGGGCCCCGUCCUUGCUGCAGACACAGUAGAUUACCUGGAAGAAACAUAUGUCAUCAAGGUGCAGGCCAGCAUUUCUGAAUGGAUGCAGAAGACCCUGGAGAUGGAGUUUAAUGAGUGGUUCAGCGAAACGGAGCCAGAAUCAGACUACCAGGGCUGCUUCCAGACCACCUUGCCCAUCAUUGCCAUGAAGAUGCUAGAUGAGAACAUCCGAGUGGCCGCCCUCAUCUCCGACACCCUCCUACAGAAGGUGCACAGCAUGGCUCUGGCAGAGUUGGAGACCUUUCUGGGCAGCCUGACCGAGGCCCUGGUGGAAUUCGACAGAGAACACCAACGAGAGCCAGCCUCCUCCAAGCGCCAUGCCUCUUACCUGCUGUCCGCCAUCAACAACUGCUUGGCUCUUAGUGCUUCCGUCUCCACCCUCUGCACAGAAGGACUGUCGGCUUCAGAGCCCAGCAAGAUGCCGCCCUCGCUGAACGCAGCCUUGGAGAAGGCCCAGAAGAAGGCAUGUCGGCUGCUGCUGGAUGCGAUGCUAGAAGAUCUUCAGCCUCUGUUUGCACAGCUGCCCUCCCGUCAAUGGCUGUCCAACCCCCAGAUGAUGCGUAACAUAUGUGAGGUGAUCAACACCCACGUGAAAGGCUUCUGCCGGGCUCGCAGACCUUUCAGCAAGUAUCUCCUGUCAGAUUCUGAACACUUGGUCAUGAGCCAGUACGUGAAAGCCCUGCUGCAGAAGAAGAUGGUGUGCCGGAACACAGAGGAGAGGAAUCAGAUGGGCCGGCAGAUGUUGCAGGAUGCCUCUCAGCUGAAGGAGCUCUUCUGCAGCCUGGGCUUGGAGGAGAGCGAUCAGUCCCUCAAAGUGAUUGCUGAUCUACAGGAGCUGAUCAGCCUCAAGGAUCCCACCAUGCUUGAACUGGUAGUGCCGGGAUUUGUGACAAAAUACCCAGAUGUCAGCGAUGACCACAUUUCCAUGAUCCUGGAAGUGCGUGGUGACGUCUCUAAAGAAAUCCGCAACAACGUCCUGGAGAUAAUGGUGCAGAAUCCACAGGCCCUGCCAGAAAACCACCAGCCUAUCUUUAGUAACAUUCUGGUUCCUGCUCCAGAGCUGCCCUACUGCCUCGGCAAGCCCAAGUGUGCCUGAUA